AUGGCAGCCACUAUCACCCGUGCUUUCACCAAACGCAGCAAGCGACCGGAAAUCUCAACUCCUAUGCCAUACCGCGAUGGCCUCGUCAAGUAUGCACCCGGCACUAUCCGUCGUGGCAAGAUUUCCGGACCCGUGGAACUCCUAUCGGCCACCAACCCGCUGGUCUACAACGCCCCCGACCUUUCCCUUGCCUCUGGAGGAGUGUCAUCAUCUUCGUCCGUCUCAUCACUCCGAUCGUCAGACGACAGCGACGCAGCUCCCUUCUCUCCCAUAACACCAGUAUCGGCUGAGCCGGACGUCGCUAUGGAGCCAAACCAUCUGUCUGGAUACUUUCCCAAGCGAUCGGCAACCAUCGCCAGCACGCCUCGCUCGUCGACGUCUUCGACCGGUGUCGAUGCGCCUAGUGUGCCGAAGCGCGCGCUAUCGCACACUAAGAAAUCGCAUCAGGAUCUUGCGCGAAAGCGUUCUGUGUCAAGAAUGUCCCCGCCACCGUCGUCUAUGGCCACAACGACGACUACCACCCGCCGCAGCCAAGAACAGUCCUUUGCGCCGGUGCCUGAAUAUGCCGAGCACCCAUUCAGCCGCGAACUCGACAAGGUGAACGAAGUGGCGGAGGACUUUGGUGCGUUGAAACUGCUGGAAGAGGAGGAACAGAUUCUCAUCAACAAGGGCUUGAAGAAGUUUUCGCUCGAUGACUAUCUUUGCGAGAUUGAAGAGUUAUACGGGGGCGUGUUUGAUGACAAUGUCGGUCCUAUGGCAACUCAUGCUUGGUUCUAA